AUGGAAUCGGAAAAUAUGGUGCAGUUUUUUGAGAAAAAGACCAUUUUAGUCACCGGAGCCACUGGGUUUCUUGCAAAAAUUUUAGUGGAAAAAUUACUGAGAGUUGAGCCGGAAGUGAAGAAGCUCUAUCUUCUUUUAAGAGCUCCAGAUAGCAACUCAGCAAGAAAACGCAUUCAUGACGAGGUCAUAGGAAAAGAGUUAUUUAGCGUUCUGAGGAGAAAUUUUGGCAAAGAUUUUGAGUCGUUUAUAUGGGAAAAAGUAGUAGCGGUCCCAGGAGACGUAGCAAAUGAUGAGGACUUGGGAAUUAAAGACUUGAAGUUGAGCCAAGAGAUGUUUGAAAGCAUAGAUGUUAUUGUCAAUUCUGCUGCAACGACAAAUUUUGAUGAAAGAUAUGAUGUUUCCCUGGGCAUUAAUACGACGGGCGUUCUUCAUAUUUUAAACUUUGCAAAGAAAUGUAAGAAGCUAAAGAUCUUUCUUCAUUUGUCAACAGCUUAUGUCUGCGGCGAAAGGGAGGGACUCAUACAAGAAAAAGCAUUUCACUUUGGAGAGACAUUGAAGAAAACAAAUUACAAACUUGAUUACAAAGUAGAAGAGAAACUAGUGGCCAAAGAAUUACAAGAACUGAGAGGAAGAGAAGCUUCGGAAGAGACAAUUACAGCCACCUUGAAGGAUUUUGGCAUGAAGAGAGCAAAGCUAUUUGGAUGGCCGAAUACCUAUGUCUUCACAAAGGCAAUGGGAGAAAUGUGUUUACAACAAUCUGAUCAAGAUAAUCUCUCCAUUGUCAUCAUACGGCCCACAAUGAUUACAAGCACUUACAAGGAUCCCUUUCCAGGUUGGAUUGAAGGUGUGAGAACCGUUGAUAGUGUAAUCGUUGGCUAUGGCAAAGGUAAAGUGACAAGCUUCCUGGGCAGUCCUUCGUUGAUACUAGACUUGAUACCAGCGGACAUGGUGGUAAAUGCAAUAGUUGUGGCCAUUGUGGCUCACGCGCAGUCAAACCAAACCUCUGCAGGCACAAAUACAAUUUACCACGUGGGAUCCUCACUAAGAAAUCCAAUGCACCUUGAUCAGUUACACAAAAUGAGCACCCGACACUUUAUCGAAAACCCUUUGAUGAACAAGAAUGGGAAGCCCAUAAGAGUUGCGAAGAUUAGAUUCCUCAAGAACAUGGCUCGUUUCCGAAUGCACAUGGGGAUUAGAGCCAUCCUACCUUUGAAGAUAUUGCAAUUGGUUAAUUUAGCAUCUUGCCAUUAUUUUCUGCAAGACGCGUAUACUCGCAACAAGCGUAAAAUCCAUACAGUAAUGCGUUUGGUAAUGCUUUACAAACCAUAUUUGCUGUUCAAAGGCGUCUUUGACGACAAAAACUCAGAGAGGCUGCGAACAAAAGCAAAGGACAUUUACAACAUGGAAAUAAUGGAGGCAUUUAACUUUGAUCCUGCUUGCAUUGAUUGGGAAGAAUAUAUGAUAACUCACAUUUCUGGCCUCAAAAAGUAUUGUAUUAAAUGA